AUGAUUAAUUUUUUUUUAUCAUUAUUAUUGUUUGUUCUAUUUUUUGAAAAUCUUGUAGUGUCUAUAAAAUAUAGAAAUAUUCAUUAUAUACACAUGCCUAACAAUGCUCAUAAUAAAAACUUUAAUGAAAAAGAAAACAGAGAAAUAUAUCAUAAUGUAAAUAUAUCAGGAGUUAAUACAAUAUAUGAAGAACAUAAAAAUAAAUAUAUUACUUUGUUUUUAUCUAAUGGAAAAAAAAUCCUACAUUCUAUUUUUCGAAGUAAUAAUAAUAAUAAUAAUAAUAUAACCAAAUGUAAUGAAAAUACAGGGAAUCAUUCAAACACCAACUUGAAAAAUAAUGCUGAGAACAAUACUAAGAACAAUUCUAAGAAUUAUUCUAAGGGUUCCUCAUCGUGCUUAAAUAUACAAAAUGUGUCCAAUAUAUAUUAUGAUAAGAAGAGAAUUAAAAAGGACACUAUGAAUAAGAAGAUUGAGGAAAAUUUUAUAGAUGAUGAAAAUAAUAUUAUUAAUGAUAAAAUGCAUUGUGAUGAAAAAGAAGAUUUGAAUGAAGAAAUUCAUGUAGAUGAACAAAAUGAAAAGAAAUCAAACAGCACUUUAAAUAAUGAAAGCUUUAUAAGUAUUAUAUCAAAUGACAAUUACGAAAUAAAAAAAGAUGUAGAAGAAAGUUAUCGUUAUCCUAAUAAUUUUUAUCUUAAUUCUUUAGAGGAAAAUAUUAUAUAUCCUAAGCAACCUUUUGACAGUGGUUAUAAUGAAAAAUGGAAAUCUCAUGUAGAUGAUAUUCUACAGAACGAUUCCUACUAUAGUAGUAUGAAUGAUAAUAGUAAUAAAUCUUGUAUAAGCGAUUAUGAGUUAUUAAAAACAUCUAUCUUAUUGAAUUCAAAGGAUGAUUUUCCUCUAUAUGAAAAUUCAAGAAGAAAUAUAUUAACUACAAGUGGUAUAAUAAACAAGAAUAAAAAUUCAAAAGAAAGAAAAAAGAAGAAUUUAAAUAGAUUAUUUUACACUUUAAAGUUAACAAAUAAUUAUUCAUAUAAAAAUAGUAGGAGUAGAAGGAAAUAUGCAAAUAGUUAUAAUAGUGAUUCCUCUAAUCAUUCUGGGUAUGUCACAGAUAAUAAAGACUAUAUAAUAUACCAUAACACUACUACAACAAAUAAAAAAAAAAAUAAUAAUAAUAAUAAUAAUAUUGUAGAUAAUAAAAAAAAAUAUAAUAGACUAUAUUGUAAAAAUAGUGAUAAUUCGAAUAAAAAUGAUUAUGAUAAAGAUAUUAAUUCACUUAUAUCUGACAAAAUUAAUAGUGAAUGGUCACCCAAAGAUUUAAAAUAUAAUUCAAAAAUAAUUAAUAUGUCUAAUGAUCAUUUUAAUAUUAUUACGUCUGAUGAAAAAGAAAAUAUAAAAAAAAAUGCAUAUAAAAAUUAUGUUAAUUAUAUUAAUGAAAGAAGGCAUGGUUAUUUUGAUUUAUUAGAAAAGAAGAAUGAAAAAAUUAUACGCAAAUUAUUAAUAGCUAAUAAUGGCAUGGCAGCGUUAAAAUGUAUAUUAUCAUUAAAAGAUUGGUUAUUUAAAAAAUUUUAUGAUGAGAAUUUAAUUAAAAUUAUAGUUAUGGCAACUGAGGAAGAUAUUAAAAGUAAUUGCAAAUAUAUCUCAUUAGCAGAUAAAGUGAUAAAAGUUCCAGGAGGUAAAAAUAUUAAUAAUUAUGCAAAUGUUCCUUUAAUAGUCGAGCUAGCCAAAAGUGAGAAUGUCGAUGCUGUAUGGCCAGGAUGGGGACAUAGUUCAGAAAAUCCUUUAUUGUCUACUUUAUUAGAAAAAGAAAAUAUAAUAUUUAUAGGUCCAACAGGUAAUGUUAUGGAAGCUUUAGGAGAUAAAAUAUCUGCGAAUAUAUUAGCUCAAAGUGUUGAAGUACCAGUAGUAAAGUGGAGUGGUGAUAAUAUAAGAAUUGAUAAAUUUGAGAACAAUAAAAUAAAUGACAAAGUAUAUAGUAAUGCUACAAUUCAUUCAUUAGAUGAGUGUAUAAAAGAAUGUAAACGUAUUGGAUUUCCUGUGAUGAUAAAAGCAUCACAAGGUGGUGGUGGGAAAGGUAUUAGAAAAGUGGAAAAUGAAAAUGAAAUAAAAAAAGCAUAUGAACAAGUACAAAAUGAAUUACCUAAUUCUCCUAUAUUUUUGAUGAAAGUUUGUAAUAAUGUAAGACAUAUUGAAAUACAAGUUGUUGGUGAUAUGUAUGGAAAUGUAUGUUCUUUAAGUGGUCGUGAUUGUACUACACAAAGAAGAUUUCAAAAAAUUUUUGAAGAAGGACCACCAUCUGUUGUAUCAUAUCCUAUAUUUCGAGAAAUGGAAAAAUCAUCUAUAAGAUUAACUAAAAUGAUUAAAUAUAGAGGUGCUGGAACUAUUGAAUAUUUAUAUGAUCAAAUAAAUAAAAAAUAUUUUUUCUUAGAAUUGAAUCCUAGAUUACAAGUAGAACAUCCAGUUUCUGAAGGUAUAACAAACUGUAAUUUAAUAUCUAUACAGUUACAAGUAGCUAUGGGUAUUCCCCUUCAAAAUAUAGACGAUAUUCGAAAUUUAUAUCAAAUUGAUAAUAUAGAAAGUGUGGGAAAAAAUAUAAAAAAUAAUGAACCAAAAAAAAAAGAAUUCGAAUUAACUGAAAAUUUGUGUAAUGACAAUUUAUGUAAUGAUAAUAUAUGUCAUAUAGAUAAUACAUCAACUGAACAAAAUAAUAACAACUCGUUAAAUUAUUAUAAUAAUUAUAGAAAUAAAAAUGUUUGUAAUAGUUAUUCCAUGAAGUCCUCAUUAAAUUAUAAUUCAGACGAAAAUGUUAAUAAAAUGAAUAAUUUAUUGAAUGAACACUUUGAUUUUUAUAAUAAUAAACCAAAUAUUAAAAAUCAUGUUAUUGCUGCAAGGAUUACAGCAGAAAAUAGUAAUGAUAGUUUUAAGCCCACGUCAGGUAAUGUAAGAAGAAUAAAUUUUCAAAACUGGAAAGAUGUGUGGGGAUAUUUUUCUAUUAAUGAUGGUUUUGUACAUGAGUUUUCAGAUUCUCAAAUUGGACAUAUUUUUGCUAAAGGAGAAACAAGAGAAGUAGCAAGAAAAAAUUUAAUUUUAGCAUUAAGAAAGUUACAUAUUGAUGGUGAUAUAAAAACAGGUACAAAAUAUUUAGCAAAGAUAUUAGAAUCUAAAGCAUUUAUUGAUAAUAAUAUUACAACAAAUUGGUUAGAUAUAAUAAUAGAAAAGAAGAAACAUAUAUUUUAUAAUACAUGUCAUAUAAUAUUAUUAUGUGCUACCAUAUUUAAACUAUUAAUAUAUUUUAUGAAUGAGAAGGAAAAUGUGGAAGAAAAUUUGAGUAGAGAUGAUAUAGCUAUAAAAAGGGAUAAAAAUUAUAGAAAUAUUAUAAAUACAAAUAAUACGAACAGUAAUAAUAUUAAUAAUAAUAUAAAACAUAUGUGUAAAAUGAAAAGUCCAUAUAUAUUUGAUAUGAUAUUUGAAAAUAUAAAAUAUCCUUUUAUAGGAUAUAAUACAGGAGAAAAUUUAUACAAAUUAGAAAUAAAUGGACAAGAAAUAGAAAUAUCUGCUGAAUAUGAUAAAAGUAAUAAUAAAAUAUUUUCUACAUUUAAUAAUCAAACAUAUAUAUAUACCUGUUCUGAGGAUACCUUAGGUAUACAUAUGCAGCUAGAGAAAGAUAAUAUUUUCAUACCUAAUAUUAGGAAUCCAUAUCAUUUAAUAUCUAAUACUAAUGGGAAAAUUGUUAAAUAUUUAAUAAAUGAUGGAGAGGAAGUAAAAAAAAAUGACGAUUAUAUUGAAGUAGAAGCUAUGAAAAUGAUUAUGACUUUUAAAUCAACCGAAACGGGUAUAUUAAGACAUAAAUUGUCUGAAGGUACCAUUAUUAAAAUAGGAGAUUUAUUAGGAAUAAUAGAAAAAGGGGAUGAUGAUAAAAAACAUGUAAAUGAAGCUAAUGAAAUUCAAUAUUUUAAGGGUCAUUUAGAUUUAUCAAAUAAAUAUACACAUGAAUUGAUAGAUAAUCGUAGAAUACUUCCAAACACUUUGGAUGAUAAUUAUAAUAAAUCUUUUGAUAAUUCAUAUACCUUUACAGAUAAUAUGUCUUUACAAAACUCUGAAGAACAUUAUUUAGUAGAGGAUGAAAAAAGAAAAAAGAAAAAAGAAAAAAAAAAAAAAAAAAAUUUAUCUUCCAUUUUAAAUAAUAAUAUGGUAAGUAUAAAAACUGUAUCAAAUGACAUAACAGAUAAUAUAAAUGUGUUAAGUGCAGAAACAUUAAGUGAAGAGGGUUUAAAAUUCGAAAUGCGUGAUGAUGAAAAUGUUUUGAAGAAAAAUGAGAAAGAAGAAUAUAAAUCACAUAAUAAUUUAAAAGAAAAUAGAAUGGAUGAAUGUACUUAUGAAGAUGAUAAUUGUAUAUAUAUGAAAGAUGAAAAUCAAAAGAAAAAAUUAUAUAUGAAACAAAAUAGAAAGAAAAUCUUUCGUUUAUUUUCAAAUGAUAAUGAAAAAAUAACAUCUGCAUUAAAUUAUAUUAAUGAUAAAUUUCAUUGUGUAAAAAAUUAUUUGUCAAAUUUAAAUUUUUAUAGUGCAAAUUCGUUAUCAGAUUCUAAUGAUUCAUCCUAUCAAAAUAAUAAUAAUAAGAAGAACAACAACAAAAUUAAUCUUGUGCAACAAGAUUGUUUCAAUGAAAAAUAUUCAAUUGGUGAGAGUAGUAUACAUAGGAAUGAUAAUAAUUUAUUUUUUGAUAAACAUUAUUUAAAGAGUGAAGGUAAAAAAGAUAAUGUUAAUAUGUUAAAUGUUACAAAUAAAAAUAAUAGUAUGAUCACGCCAUUGACUGAAAAUUUGGAAAAUAACAUAUCUACAGAAAUUAUGUCUUCUCGAAAUACAUCUAAUGAAAAAAUAUUACAUAAUAAUAUAUCAAAGGAUAAUACAAUAACUGAACGGAUUUUUAAUAAUAAUUCUUCUGAUGAUAGUAAUAUAAAUAAUAUUACAUUAUUUAAUAAUAUAUCAAAUGAUGCUAGUACAACAAAAACAAACAACAACAACAAUAAUGAUAAUAUUAAUAAUAAUAAUAAUAAUAGUAAUAAUAGUAAUAAUAUUAAUAGUAAUAAUAAUAAUAGUAAUAAUAGUAAUAAUAAUAUUAAUAAUAAGGGUAAUAAUUUUAAACGUUCCUAUUAUAUGGAUAAUACGAAUGAUAAUAUCUAUUGGAAUCAUGUUAAGAAUGAAAAGAGCAAAUAUUUUCUUGACAUUCCAAUUAUGAAAAGAAUAGAAUUUUUAUUAAAGGGAUAUGAACAAGAUUAUGAAGAAUGUUUUGAAGAAUUAAUAAAUCAUAAAGGUAUUAAAAAUAUGACAAAUUUGUCUGGAUAUAUAAAAAACAUAAAUGACAUAUUAGAUACAUUCAUACAAUACAAUAUUUUAUUUUCCAAAAAAGAAUUUAUUUCAGAAGUUGAUUUAUAUGAUAUAUUAUAUAAAAAUAUAAGAGAUAAGAAAAAACAAUAUGAAAUUAUACAUGCAUAUACAUACAAUGAUUUAAGUAUAAAAUUUAUAGAAAAAAUAUUAAAAUAUAUAUUAAAUAAUAUAAAUAAUAAUUUACCCUUAGAUUUAAUUUUGGAUAAAUUAAAAAUAUUAGGAGAAUUCAAAGGAAAAAUAUUUGGAAAUAUAAUUAUUUUAUCAAGACAUAUUUUAUAUUUAUUAGAUGGAUUAGAAUUAAUUGAAUAUUUAAAAAUUCCAUUAAAUUAUAAUGAUAAUAAAAACACAAAUGGUACCUUAUCAAAUGAUAUGUUGCGUUUAUCUUAUUAUAUGAAAAAAAAGAAUAAUAAUAUUGAUAUUUCAAAAAUUAUGGAAUAUAUAAAUAAUAAAAAUGAUAUCAAAAUUGUAAACAUAUUUUUAAAAGGUCUUGAUAAUAGUUAUAUCCAUAUGUUUGUUCCACCAUUAAUCAAAUCAAAUAAAAAUUAUAUACUUUUAAAAAUAUAUUUAAAUAAUUUAUAUAAAUAUUCUAAUAUUAAAUCUAUAUGGGUAACAAAUAAUAUAUUGAAAUUUUCUAUAAACAAUUCAGAAUAUAAUAAUCUCUUAAUAUGGAAUGAAUAUGAUACUAUUGAUAUAAAUAAAAUUAUUGAAUCAGAUAUAAAAUUAAAUGAUUAUAAAUAUUUUAAUAAUGUUCAUAUAAUAAAUAUAAAUAAUAAUCUGUGUGCAUAUCCUUCUCAAUCUUUUGAAGAUAAUAUAAAUAAGAUUUUACAAAUAUGUAGAAAUUUAUAUAUAUAUAAUUAUGCAAAUAAUAAAUAUGGAGAUAUAUAUAAAUGGACAAAAGAAGACAUAUCAAAAGGAUUAUCGACAAAAUAUAGUCAAGAUGGAAGUACGAAUAACAUUUUGCCUUUUGAAGAAUAUAUAUUUGGUAAUGAAAAAGAAAUAUUGGAAUAUUAUGAAUUAAAAAAUAUUAAUCAAGCCAUAUAUGAAAAAACAAAGAUAUUUCUUGGUACAUAUAAAAAUAAUAAUAUAAGUAAUAAUGUGAAUAAUAAUUAUACAUCUUUAUUUGGACACCGCAUAAUAUAUUUUAAUGAUCUAAAACAGAAAUCAAAUGAUGAUAAACAUUUUGAGGAACAUAAAUAUGAAGACGAUAAAUUUAUAUUUAAUAAAGAUAUACAUAAUAUUCUUUUAGAAUUGAAGGAAUCAUUAAAUGAUAUAUCACGUGCAAGAUUAAAUAAAAUGGUAAGAGAUAAUAAAAUAAGUAGUUAUAUAAUAUAUCAUAUUAUUGUUGAUGAUAUGUUGGAUAUUGAAACUAUAAAAGAGGCAUAUAAGGUCUUUAUGAUUAAAUAUAACGAAAUGAUAUUAGAAAAUUAUGUCAAUAAUAUAUUUAUAAAAAUAUAUCGUACUAAUGAAAAGUCAUGUACUCAAAAUGGACUUAAUAUUGAAUUGGAAAAAAUGUUUAAGCUUAAUGUAGUUUUAAAUAAAGAAGGUGUGAAGAAAGAAAUGAGUGAUGUAUAUAAUAUGAAAGGUGAUAAUAUAAAAAAAAAUAAUAUUAAAGAUGAUUAUAAUUAUAAUAAUAAUAAUAAUAAUAAUAAUUAUUAUUAUUAUUAUAAUGACCACAUUGUUGAGGAGAUUAAGGAAUUUCCUUGUUUCCAAAUUGAUACUUUAUAUGUGAAGAGAAAACGUGCUAGAGAAGUUGAUACAUUAUAUGCCUAUGAUUUUAUUAAUCUUAUAAAUAUAUCCUUGAACAGAUUGAAUAAAAACAAAGAAAAAAAUAAAAUAUUUAAUUAUAUUAAUAAUAUCAAAGAAUUUAAACUAAAAAAUGAUGUUAUUUGUUCUAAUAGUAAUAGUAAUAGUAAUAGUCAUAAUUGUAAGAGUGAUCCAUUGAAUAAGAAGGAUGGAAAUAUUUGUUUAGAAAAAAAAGGAGAAUUGCUAUUUGAACAUUUUGACAAUCUAAGUAAUUAUGAAAUAAAAAUAAGGAAGUCAUUAUAUUUAUCGGAUGAACUAGAUAUAGGUCAGAACAAAAGGAGUGUGAUUGGUUUGUUGUUAAAUAUAAGAACAGAUGAAUAUGAAGAAGGUAGAGAUGUAAUAUUCAUUAUUAAUGAUAUAAGUACACAAGGUGGAUCUUUUAGCAUAUUUGAAGAUGAAUUAUUUUAUGGUAUUUCUAGUUAUGCAAGAGAAAAGAAAAUUCCACGUAUAUAUAUAUCAUGUAAUUCUGGAGCACGUAUUGGAUUAUAUAAUUUUUUAAUGGAUAAAAUAAGAAUAGAAUGGAAAGAUGAACAGAAAAAAGAAUUAGGUUAUAAAUAUAUAUAUAUAACAGAAAAUGUAAAAGAAAAAAUAGAUAAAGAAGAUAUUAUAUUUUUAACUGAAAUUAUAGAAAAUAAUGAAAAAAGAUAUAUUAUUGAUGGAAUUGUUGGGAAUUUAAAAAAUCCGGUAGGUGUAGAAAAUCUGAGAGGAAGUGGAUUAAUAGCAGGAGAAACAUCAAAAGCAUAUGAAGAAAUUUUUACAUUGUCUUAUGUUACUGGUCGAAGUGUUGGUAUUGGUGCUUAUUUAGUUAGACUUGGUAAAAGGACCAUCCAAAAAAAAGGCUCUUCACUUUUACUUACAGGUUUUAAUGCUUUAAAUAAAAUAUUAGGUGAAAAUGUAUAUGUAAGUAAUGAACAGUUAGGUGGUGUUAAUAUUAUGAUGAAAAAUGGAAUAUCUCAAGUUCAAGUUGAAAAUGAUCAAGAAGGUAUGGAUAUAAUUAUUCAAUGGUUAUCUUAUAUUCCAAGAACUAGUAAUGAUUAUUAUGAUUUAAUAAAUAAUAUAUAUAAAGAAAAUUAUAAAAAUAUUUUUAAAAAUAAUAACUUUUUAAUAACAAAUAAGGAAAAGAGUUUAUAUAAAGAUAACAAUCUUUUUAUACAUAAUAAGAAAUAUGAAAAUUUAAGUACACCUCUUGAUAUUAAGGAUAAUAUAAAAAAUCAGAUAAAUACCCAAACUAAUGUUAACGUGAAAGAUUCAAAUAUGAUACACAAAAAUAGGAUUAACACACAAUCAAAACAAGAUCAAAAUAUGGAUGAAAAGAAAGAAAAAAUAGAACAAAUAUAUAAAGAUCAAAAUAUUAAUAUUAUAAAUAAUUGCAAGACAUCCAUAUCAAUUCAUAAUUCUAGUAGUUCAUACAAUUUUGAACUUUUACAUAUUAAUGACAUGGAUUACGAUAAUAUAGAUGAUUCUAAUAUUAUCGAUUUGAUCAAGGGGAAUCAAAAAAAUCAAGGUUUCUUAGAUAAAAAUAGCUAUUUUGAAUAUAUGAAUGAAUGGGGAAAAGGUAUUAUAACUGGUAGAGGCAAAUUGGGUUCUAUACCUGUUGGUUUUAUUGCUGUUAAUAAAAAUUUAGUUACUCAAUCUAUUCCAUGUGAUCCAGCAUUAAAAACAAAUGCUCAAAAAUUAAUACAAGCUCCAUGUGUUUUUUUUCCUGAUAAUUCUUUUAAAACAGCACAAUCAAUUGAAGAUUUUAAUAAGGAGAAUUUGCCUUUAUUUAUUUUUGCUAAUUGGAGAGGUUUUUCAGGUGGAUCUAUGGAUAUGUUUUAUGGUAUCUUAAAAUUUGGAUCUAUGAUUGUAAAUCAGCUAGUCAAUUAUAAACAUCCCGUUUUUGUAUAUAUACCUAUAUCUGCUGAACUAAGAGGGGGGUCAUGGGUAGUUGUAGAUGAGACCUUGAAUAGCCAAAUUAUAGAAAUGUAUGCAGAUGUGAAUAGUAAAGGGGGAAUAUUAGAACCACCAGGAAUUGUUGAAGUUAAGUUUAGAUAUCCUGAUAUUCGGAAAUUAAUGCACAGUAUAGAUACAACUAUAAUUGCCUUAAAUGAAAAAAUGGCUAGAUGUCAAAAUGAUGAAGAGAAGAAUAAUAUAAAGAAAGAUAUAGAAAUUAAGGAAAAAGAGUUGUUGCCGUUUUAUUUACAAGUGUGUCAUAAAUAUGCUGAUUUACAUGAUGUGUCUGAAUGUAUGAAGGCAAAGGGUGUAAUUCGAAAAAUAGUCCCAUGGAAUAAGGCACGUUCCUUUUUUUAUUAUCGCCUAAUGAGGAGAUUAUUAAUUAACAUAUUGAGGCGAAAGUAUGAGAACGCUUUAAUCAAAAAUGAAGAGAUAGAAAAUAUUAUAAAUGACCUUAAUAAUUCAGAAGACGAUGACUAUAUUGUAUGCAAUAGAGUUUUUAAUAAUAAUAUAUUACGUAAUUUAAAAAAUGAUACCCAGGAUAUAAUAUAUAACAAAACAUUAAAGGAUUUUUUAAAAAUUUUUAAAAUGCUAUCACAGGAACAAAGGACAGAAUUUAUAAAUAAAAUAAAUUCGUAUGAAAAUUAA